AUGAGCGAAAACAACGGAAACAAUAACACUAACGAGGGUAAUGAUAACGGUUUACCUUCGCAUCUAAAAAAAAUUCAUGAUAGUCUAAACAGAAGGCAGAAAGAAAUCUAUAGUCGUUAUAACACUCUUGAUCAAAAAAUUGGAUAUUUAGAAGGGAUUGAUGAGGAACGAAAAAAAUCA